UAAAUCGCUCUUUUUCGUUGGAUUUGGCAAAAAGGUGACAAAGGUGUUCGAUUUCGAUCUGGAAUCGCACAUUCAAGCAAAGGAAAAGAGUCGUCUUUCUGUCUGAAGGACAUACGGAACCCAUCGGAUCGUUCCCAUGUCGUAAUUGUCCUUUGACUUGCUAAUGUCACACUUUUUCUUCAAGUAACAGCAUCUGUGUCGAUGGUAGAGUGCCAGGACAUUGACGACUCUCCUGUUGCACAAGUCUGUGAACAUCUCAUGAUGUCACAGAUGGUAUCGAUUUGAGUUGUUCGACGAGGAAGUUGGUCGAAAUCGAACCUUCUGUACAACAGAAUUGUCGCGACUUGCGUGCAUAGCAGAGACAAUGCAAGGAGGCGCGGCUCAGCAUGCCAGUGCUUAUGGUGUUAAGUAUCAGGCUAGAUGCAUUGCUCCUUACGUUGCAGAUCCGCAGCGUACGCGGUUUCUUGUCGGCACGCAAAGUCUUCGAGAAGAAAAUGAGGUUCAUGUGAUUACACUACCAGAUAAUAGUAGUGAUAUAGUAUGUGAAGGUCUAUAUACCCAUCAAAAUGAGAUAUGGGAUCUCGCCAUAUGCCCUUUCGAGCCUCAAAUUAUAUCAACCGUGUACGCCUCAGUGGGCGAGUAUGGGGCUGGUUUGUGGAGAAUACCAGACCGAUCAAGAGGAGGGCACAUGAACGUCCAACCACUCCAAAAUGUCGCUUCGUUAGAUGGACAUAAGCAUACAAUCAAAUGUACUCUUUGGUGGCCAUCGGGGAAACACAAUCAGCUAUUGAGCAUUGAUGCGGAGAACCUGUUUAUUUGGGAUGUCAAUACCGCCCAGAGACUUGCCAAGGUUGAAACUCAGCUAUCGGCAGGAGAGCUGCAUCACAUGGCAGGCGGAGCUUGGGAUCCCCAUGAUGUUACAAACGUUGCUACUUCAAUAGAAUCUUCGGUCCAAAUGUGGGAUCUUCGUUCGAUGAAGCAAUCAAGUAGAAUUGAACAAGCACAUGCUAUUCAAGUGCGAGAUAUUGAUUUCAAUCCGAAGAACGAGCACAUUAUUAUCACCGCUGGAGAUGAUUCUAAGAUUCGAGUGUGGGAUUUGAAAAUGCUCGGGAUGCCCUUGAGGGAACUACCGGGUCAUUCGCAUUGGACCUGGCGUGUUAGAUAUAAUCCCACUUUCGAAGAGCUGGUACUUAGUGCAGGCACGGACUCCGUAGUCAACUUGUGGCACGUAAUUCCUUCAUCAAGCAGUGAGUCAAAACCUAAAAGUCCAUAUGGAUCACCAAAAGGCCCUCUGGAUUCAUUACUGCGAGCCUACACAGAACAUGAAGACAGUGUUUAUGGAAUCGCUUGGAGUGCAAGAGAUCCCUGGGUGUUUGCUUCUCUCUCCUACGAUGGAAGGGUGAUGGUGGACUCCGUACCACAGAACCUUCGCAAGCAAAGGCAUUAAGUUUGUUCAUAUCCAAUUGAAACGAGGGCAAGUUACUAGAAUACUCAGCAAGUUCAUUCUUACGGGCUGCACAUCUUGAAGAUCCACAUACAUCAAACCGUUUUAUAUUUAUCACUUGCUUGUCUUGGCUCUCAGUAGAAGGGAGAAAUAGGUCUUCCACUGCUCUUGGAGGUUAGAACAAGACAUAAGCUAGUCUGUGACGUAAGAGAAUCUCGAAUUUUCUUCUGUUCCAACACCAUUGAUUGACAUUUUAGUAAUCAGUUCCCGGUCGAGUCCUUGGCUUGCAGUACACCAUGCCAUGAUUGACUUCUCUAGCUUAACAGUUCGUUGGAAUCAUAUAUUAGGACUAAGAUUGCACGAAAAUGCUAGGCUGUUCCAACUUCAUGGAGGAUGUGAUACUCCAUUGAUCAGUGUCAUAUACGUAGACUCAUCUUAAUUCGAAGAUUAGAUCAGUCUUAUCUCCAAACCAGCUUACCUUCUAAUGAUCUGCUUGGCGAGAGUUGACGUAAUAGUAACCUUCUACGCGGUGAAUUCACCAUGCGAGGGAGUGAACAGGAAAACUUUCACUGUAGAAAUAUGAAAUUCAAUACUCAUAUUUCAGGAGAAAUAAAUCCGAGCUGAACUGAGCGCGAAGAUUUU